CUCCAAUCAAAAAGAGUUAAGCUAUCUCUAUGUGUUUCUCUUCAACUUUAUUGGUCACUCUCACUCUAUCUCCAUCAUCUAGUUAGGUGCAGAUUAAGCUUUUGUUAAGGUCGGUGGGUCUAUAACUAUAUAUGAAAAUGUUGUCGAACAAAAUUAGCUCGAAUUGUCACUGGGAAAACUCAUCCUACUUCUUGGGGCUGAACGCAUCUGAGAAAGAUCGGUACCAUAAAUUUCUAAAUCCCUCCGGCAUCAUUCAAAUGUGCCUCGCUGAGAAUCAGGUUUCUUUGGACCUUGUUGAAUCAUGGAUUGAGAAGAACUUGGAUGCAGUUCGGCUGAGAAAAGAUGGCGCAUCUCUAUUCAGAGAACUAGCUCUCUUUGAGGAUUAUCACGGCCUUCAUGCUUUAAAAAUUGCCCUGGCAGGGUAUAUGGAAGAAAUUAGAGGAAGCAAGGCCAAAUUCUUUGAUCCACACAAGUUGGUGCUCACUGCUGGAGCAACUGCAGCAAAUGAGACUCUCAUCUUUUGCCUUGCAAAUCCUGGUGAAGCCAUACUUAUACCUACACCAUACUAUCCAGGGUACGAUAGGGAUCUUCAAUGGCGAACCGAGGUCAAAAUUGUUCCGAUACAUUGCUCCAGUUUAAAUGACUUUAGAAUAACCAUGUCGGCGCUAGAAGCAGCCUAUGAAGAUGCCCAGAAACUCAAUCUCAAAGUUAAGGCUGUUUUAGUGACGAAUCCUUCCAAUCCUUUGGGAAGAACUCUGAUCCAGGAAGAGCUCAACAAUCUCAUUUCUUUCGCCAUUGACAAAGAAAUUCACAUAAUAAAUGAUGAAGUUUUUUCUGGGACGGUUUUCGAUUCCCCCGGCUUCACAAGCGUUAUGGAAGCUGCUUCCAACAGAAACCUCCAGGGUUGUUCUGUCUGGAGCCGCAUCCACAUUGUCUACAGUCUCUCGAAGCAUCUCGGCCUCUCUGGAUUUCGUGUUGGAAUGAUUUAUUCUAACAACGAAGCCAUCGUCAGCGCCGCCACUAAAAUGUCGAGCUUUGGCCUCGUUUCGUCGCAAACUCAGUUCCUGCUGUCAAGCAUGCUGGUGGACAAGAAAUUCACCGCAAAAUAUAUAAAAGAGAAUCAAAAGCGGUUGAAGAAGAGGAAGGAGAUGUUCGUUUCGGAGCUGAAGAAGGCUGGAAUCGAAUGCUUCAGAGGAAAUGCGGGACUAUUUUGCUGGGUCGAUAUGAGGAAUUUUUUGUCGUCUUCGACAUUCGAAGCAGAGGAAGAACUCCAGAAAAAGAUGUUAUACUCUGCUCGGUUAAAUGUUUCUCCCGGAUCGUCAUGCCACUGCUCCGAACCUGGCUGGUUCAGAGUCUGCUUCGCGAACAUGCCGGAGGAAGCGCUGCGAGUUGCCAUUCAGCGUUUCAAGAUCUUCGCAGAACUGAGCACCGCCGCCGCUGGUGGCAACAGCCGCCAGUCUCUGCCUCAUGUGAAGAGAAAAUUGUCAAUCGUUAAAUAGGUUUGCAAAGUGACUCCGUCGGAUGCCGUGGAUAGCUCUGAUUUGCAUCAGGGAAGCAAAAGUGCAAGGAAAAAAAAAAAAAAAAAAAA